AACUAUGUAGACUUCCACAUAGACCAUGAACCAGGAUCAUGAAGUUCUGAGUCAAAUUAAAAAGUCAUUGCAAUUGCUACUGAAAACUGCUCUGUGAAAGGAAAUGGAUUGGAUUGGACACAUUCUAAUAUUAUUACUAUUUAUUCUUGGAAUUAUGUUCCUUUUGAAAAAGGGCAGUUCCUGGAAUAGCAGCUGCCCCAACCUUCCCCCAGGACCCAGGACUGUACCCAUUUUUGGAAAUCUGCUCAUGAUGGAUCUGAAGAGGCCUCACAAAACAAUGAUAGAGUUGUCAAAAGAAUAUGGUCCAAUUUUUCGUCUUAAAAUGGGAUUCGAGGAAAUGGUGGUGCUGACUGGCUAUGAGACGGUCAAAGAGGCUCUAGUGAAUCAGGCAGAUGCAUUUGCAGAGAGAGCCUCCGUCCCCUUUUUUGAGGAUUUUACAAAGGGCUUUGGUAUUAUUUUUUCUCAUGGUGAGAACUGGAAAGUGAUGCGACGGUUCGCAUUAUCCACAUUACGGGACUAUGGAAUGGGCAAGAGGACCAUUGAAGACAAAAUCACAGAAGAGUGCAGUGUUUUAAUGAAGACAAUUGAGACCUAUGCAGGAAAACCAAUUGAUAUCACAACAAUAAUGGGAGCUGCUGUUUCCAAUAUCAUUGUUUCUAUUUUAUUUGGCAAGCGAUAUGACUAUGAAGAUGCCACAUUUCUACGACUGCUGAAGCUGUUCAGUGAAAAUAUCCAACUUUCAAGAACCCUUGAUAUUCUGAUAUUUAAUAUGUUUCCCAAGUUGGCGCUCCUUUUGGGUUCUCGUAAGAAAAGACUGAACAAUAGAAAGGAACUCCAUACUUUCCUACAGGACGCUUUUAUAGAACAUCUCAAUGAUCUUGAUGAAAAUGACCAGAGGAGCUUUAUUGAUUCAUUUCUUGUUCGGCAUAGAGAGGAGAAGAAGAGGACUACUGAGGGAUAUUUCCACUUUGAAAACUUUAGAAGUGUUGUGAGUAAUUUAUUUGCUGCUGGUACAGAAACUACUUCAAAUACUCUGCGUUGGGCCAUACUCCUAAUGAUGAAAUUCCCAGAAAUUCAGAAGAAGGUCCAAGAAGAAAUUGCAAAAGAGAUUGGGAUUCGUCAGCCAAGGACAGAAGACCGACUCAAAAUGCCUUACACUGAUGCAGUAAUUCAUGAAGUUCAAAGAUUUGCUGAUAUUGUUCCAAGCAAUUUGCCACAUGCAACCACCAUGGACAUAACUUUCAAAGGCUUCUUCAUCCCCAAGGGAAUGCAGAUUGUUCCACUGCUGUCAUCAGUGCUCCAUGAUGAAUCCCAAUGGGAGAAACCCUAUGAAUUCUACCCUGAGCAUUUUCUUGACGCUGAAGGAAAAUUUGUGAAAAGGGAUGCAUUCAUGCCUUUCUCUGCAGGUCAGAUUCUUUGUACAUGUGUGAUUGUGUCUAGUAAUAAGCAGCCUUUUUUUGGAAAGAAAUCUUCACAAAAGAUCAUGGAACAUUUAAAGAGCAACAACAAUAACAAUAAAACUUUAAUUGAAUGGUCUUCGUUUAACAAAGUUUGAUAUAAUUUUGGCCUUUUUUUGAUGAUUCUGGUACAAGACUUGAACUGGUUUUAAAUUAUUCAAAGGAGGAUAGUAAAAGGUAUCAGUCUUUAGCUAUUUGCAAUUCCUGCAAAGGUUAUUAGGGUUGUCAGGUUGAAAAGAAGAAUUGGCCCGAGGAGAAAAAAGACUUGACCAUGUGGUGUCUGGGAAGAAUACAGGGUGUAAAUCAAAAUCUAUACUUAAUAUUAUUAUUAAUAAUAAUUAUAAUAUUAUAUAAU